UCAUUAAAUUAUCGUCCAAUUUCUUCAAUAAUGUCAAAUAAUAAUCAACAAAAUGGAGUAAUUCCUUCAAUAAUGUCACAAAGUGUUGUGGGAAAUUUUGCAUUUUUUGAAAAUGAAAAAGAAGGAAAAGAAACUUCUUUCCCAACAAAACUUGUACAUUUGGCUAAAAAUAGGCCUAAACCUGCACGUUUACAUCGAAAGAAAAAAUUGGAAGAAACUGAAGAAGAGGAGGCUGUUAAUGCUUUAGAUGAAGUUUUGGCAAAGGAAGAAGAUGCUCCUUUAGAACAGACUCCAAUUAUUAAUUCUUCACCAGAGCCAUUCACUUCUGCCCUUGGACAAUCAUUAGAACGUUCACCUUUAUUACUACAACAACGUUUGAAAAAUGUUGAAGAAAAUCAAGAAGAACAACAACCACCUCCUCCACCAAUUCCUUCAAAGAGAGGAACAUCAUGUGAAAAUUCAAUUCCUCCCAAAUUGCCCCCAAAACCAUCCCCGCCAAUGGGGGAUGUAGAAAAUCGACGAAAUAAACUUUUGGAUGAAGAACAGGAAGAUAUUUAGGGAAGAUGAAUGA